UUAAAGAUAAACAUUGGUGUCCCGAAAAGUUCAUUUUUGAUUUUAUCUCCACUCGUCUGUAUCACUGAUAUGUACCACGUUUAGGAGUACAAGUUUUUAUACAUUCUCACCUUUGAACCCUUCGAACGAGGUUCUCUAACCUAACCAACAUGUCGUCAUCGCUAUUGGAACUGCAAAACCUCUACGAACGCUACGUGAAAUGGGUAGCGGGAAACCCGUCCGCCCUGGGGGACGUCGAAUUGACCAUCAAGUGGCUUUCAUAUUUCGUUGCCGGCAAAAUAAACAACUCCUCUGCCGUCUCGGAGCUGGUGUACUCGUUGUCGAACUUGCUAGUAUUUUUCAAUGAUCGCAUUAUAGAGAAAGCACAUAAGAAAGUAUUCGAUAACACACGCACCUUGGACCGCCGGCUCAAAGUGUUUCUGACGACCCUCGAUUACUGUGAAGUUUUUAUAGAACUGUCGGCUCACAAAAUAUGGGGAACAAGAGGCCGUUGGUUUUUUAUCGUUGUGAUACAAGUCGUAAAGUGCAUAUGUCGAUUAAUUUUAACGUUGUACUGUCCCAGUACCAAAAUGGUCACCAAUCCCCCGAUUCCUGCCCUAAACAGGAAGACAGUAAGGGAACCAAAUCCCCAUGCUAACGCUUCAUUCCAUGACAAUCUUGGAGGAGAAACUUCCGGAAUCGUAUUGAAACGGUCCGGUCGGGUCAUGCGAAAGGUCAACUGUUCGCCAUCGUUGAUGUCUCGGUCUUGGAAGCUGCCUUCCGUAGAUGAUGGCCAAAAUUUCUACGCCAACCAGCCGGCCCUGUACGGUGGCAAACAGGUGAAAUCGGCGGAACUUAUAUACAUAUUCAAACCGCUCGUCCACCUCGCCUGCAUGAAACGCUUCGGCACUAAGAGCUGGACGAGCUACCUGGUGGCCCUGGCACUGGACAGUGCAAGCCUGCGUUUGUACUAUAAAAAUCGCGAGGUACUAUCCAAGGAUCAGCGAGUGGAACUGUCUCGGAGGUGCGUUGCGAUGUUACUGUACCUGCUCCGGUCGCCGUUCUACGAUCGAUACACGCGCGAAAAAAUUGCCCUCCUUCUGAACGGUAUCGGGAACAAUGUGCCCCUGACUGGUAGCAUUGCGCGGCUGAUACUUUCCUACAUUCCCCACUGGCAAGAGACGUACUUCUACAUGUGGUCUACGUAGUCGUAAUCGGGUGAGCAGUUCUCUCGAGAGGAAGCUAAGUUUCGUUGGUGCACGGAUGCAUAAUGCUUGUUAUGGGUUAACAGUGUGGGGUUAUUUUGUCACAUAAUUAUAUUAUAUUGAAUAAACGAUGUCUACCAAUUGAG